AUGGAUAAAAAGUUAUACUUCACGUUGGCUCUGACAUUGGCCUGCUAUUGGGUCGAAUCGGCGCCAAAUAGUAUAGAAGAUAUGGAAUUCGACCGUUCAGACUCUGAUCUCUCUAAUGUAUCGUAUCGCGUUGAAGAUGAAGAUUUAGAUGAUUUGUCUAGACUUAUAGACGAUGCUUAUCCAAAAACUAAAGCAAACAAUAAUGCUAAGACGAGAGUAAAUAACUUCGGUUUUAAAAAGAAAAAUGUAGAUGAUAAGGGAAUCAAAUCUAAACAUAACCUCCAAGAUUUGAAGAAGUUUUCUAAGUAUGGUGAAUUACAUGAUGAAGAAUUAUAUGAUAACGAUGAUGAGUAUACACUUAGUAAAGGCACUGCCGCAAAAGCGAUCAGGGUCACUGGAAACGAAGAUAGAAAAUACAGGAAAGGGACAAAAACUCGAGGUUUUCAUCGUAUUCAACAUAAGGAUGAAUACAAAAAAGAUAAAGAGAUCUACGAAGACGAUGAAACCAGCGGAAUUAUAAAGAAAACCGGAGCAAAAGGUCUUGGUAUUAGGGUUGAUGCUGGCAAGGGUUACAGUAAAGGUCAUUUUCAUCAUGAUCGCAAUAUAGGUUUACAUGGGAAACAAGGAUACCUUGAUAAAGGUGCCUCGGAUAAACAAUAUAGAAGAUAUUCCGAUUCUCAAGGUUUUGAUGCCUAUUUUAACAAAUAA